ACGGGGCCGCCUCUGGCUCUGCAGCUCUGCCCCGGCCCGGAAAACCCGGCGCCUUCCAGGCCCUUCGAAAGAUGGAUUCUGUUGACGUAUCUGGCGGCCCUGGCGAGCCGGGUGGAAAGUUGGGUUUUGCCAGAUCGCGUUGGGCUCGCCUUUGUGACGCUCGGCCAGCCCCGCAUCCUCCCGGAGCCGGAUCGAGUGGCAUCAGAGGUGAGUGAUGGACAAUCUGCAGUCACAGAACCUCUCCAUGGACAUGACUGACUCCUCUCCUGCCUUGGCCAAUAACAGACUGGAGAACGGCAUGGCCCAGCUGAUCACCACCGAGGCCUGGAACAUCAACUCCACAGACCUGGUAAAGAAGGCCCUGGUGACGGUGCCGGCUCCAUCCAUUUUGAACCCCCCAGCCGAGUCCCAGAGUGGCAUGGCUCUAAAGGUGGCAGCCACUGUGCUGCAGCCCCUGUGCCUCGGGGAGAGCCCGGUGGUGAUGCCCAUUCACAUGCAGGUGGAGGGAAGCUCCGCACCUGAGCUCAACCCUAAUGGCAAUGCCACCUAUGUUAUGACCACGCAGGGCCCCAUGCAGCUGCCCGUGGUGCUGGAGCAGCAUGUCUUUCAGCACCUCAACUCCCCUCUGGUCCUGCCACAGGAGGCUCCAUGCUCCUCCAAUGCUAUCCACAACAACCUCUUCCAGGCAGCCGAGGAUCCUGAAGCCCAGCCCCAGCUCCUGGACUUGCGCAUCCCGAGCCAGCCACAGGAGCCUACGUUGCCAUUUGAAGCUGUGCUCCAGAAUUUGUUUCCCUCGCAGGGUGCUCUGGGCCCCCCACCCUGUCAGCCUCCUCCCGGAUAUGCCCCUGUGCCCCCCCAGCCCUUUAACCCUCCUUUGUCCCCCCUGGUCCCGCCAGCCACCCUCUUGGUGCCCUACCCUGUGAUCGUCCCAUUGCCUGUGCCCGUCCCCAUUCCCAUCCCCAUCCCAGUGCCUCAGAGUUCUGAAUCCAAGUUCAGCCCUGGGUUCUCCAAGCCGCCAUCUUCCUUUGGCCUGCACCCCUUUAAAGGCACCCAGACCCCUCUGGAGAAGGAGGAACUGAAGCCCUUCGACAUCCUCCAGCCCAAGGAGUAUUUCCAGCUCAGCCGCCACACAGUCAUCAAGAUGGGGAGUGAGAAUGAGGCCCUGGAUCUCUCCAUGAAGUCAGUCCCCUGGCUCAAGGCUCGUGAAGUCAGUCCCCCAAUCUGCCAGGAGGAUGCAGCCCUAGACCUGUCACUGGCAGCCCACCGGAAAUCUGAGCCUGCUCCUCAGACUCUGUAUAACAGCAGCAGGUCAGUGGACAGCCCGCGUCACACGGUGGUGGAGAAACUGCCAAGAGGCAUGGAAAUGCCCUUUGUCCCUGCCACGACCCGUGAGGCCUUGGCCAUGAUGAAUAGCCACAUGGGUAGCAGCAACACCGCCCAGCCACACAGCCAGCCCAGCCAGCCCAGCAGCAUGGUCAAAGCUGAAAAUAACAUUGAGAUGGUGAGCGACUCCCAGGCAUCCAAGGUGAUUGUCUCAGUGGAAGACGCCGUGCCUACUAUCUUCUGUGGCAAAAUCAAAGGUCUCUCGGGAGUGUCCACGAAAAACUUCUCCUUCAAAAGAGAAGACUCCGUGUUUCAGGGCUAUGACAUCAACAGCCAAGGAGAAGAGUCCGUGGGAAACACGGAAUCCCUUAGGAAACCCGUCGUCAAAAGCCGGAGCAUAAAGUUCAAGAAAGUGAACUCCCAGGAAAUACACAUGCUCCCGAUCAAAAAACAACGGCUGGCCACCUUUUUUCCAAGAAAGUAAAUAAUGGCUUUUUAAAAUUUUUAUGAUUAUAAUAUGGGGAAAGGUGCAUUGGUUUUAUAAAAAGGCAUUUAAAACAAAUUAUCUUUGUUAAUUAUUUUGGGGAGUAGUUGGGAAGCAGGAAGGCAAAUUGGCUCUAGAGGCCUGUAAGCUAGUAUCAUUUUCUUUUUUAAUUUUUGACUUUUCACAAAUGAGUAAAUAAGAGCAACCUAUUUUUCAAGCAGAUUGCACAUUUUUUGCAGCUUUAAUGGAAUAUUGGGUGAAUCAGAGGGGUAAAAAAAGCUAUUUUCAUUGCCACAAAGUGCUUUGAUGAUGUAAUACCUAAUAAAGGGUAGGAUGAAUAUUUCACAAUAAAUGUUUGUUUGCACUAA